AUGUCCUUGGAGUUGGUUAUAUAUAUCUUAUACGUUUUCGCAAAUACACUCAUCGUGCUUUUGAAUGUCCUCGUCAUAUGGGCAGCAGUGAAGAGUCGGGAAUUAAUGCGUAACUUCACCUUACACAUCGUCAUCACCGCUAUCAUCUUGGACAUUGCAGUAUACAUGAUUAUUAUUUUCCACGACGUGCCAAGUUUUGCCUCAAACGAGGACUUCACUACACCCUUAUUCACCAAGUACUGCGGAUUUACUUAUCUAAUACCAGGACACUAUUGGUACUUCGACUUUGCCAAGCCAUACACCUAUCUCUACCAGCAUUUCAAUGAGAUUCUACAAAUUACGUGUGGCGUUUUUGUGCUCGUCUCCGACAUGUGCAUUAUCUGCAGAAUUCUUCGAGUGCGUUCGCUUUCUUUGCGCAAGCACUGCAAGAGCGGAGCUGAAAAGAAAUGGAAAGUUGGAAGAGAGGGGCGAAUUGCAAUAAACUUCCUUCUUAUGAGCAGCUGCUUUCUAGUCAUGAGCGUCUUCUACAAUGUUAAUUUGGGAUACGGAUUCUGGCAGACCUUGCUCUUAAAGAUUUCUACACUGCUUAACUUAUCAAAGUGGGCGAUUUACGUGCUGGCAUAUACUUCGAUAUCCAAAGUUAUUAAAGAAAUGCUCGGAUUCCAAACAAGUCAGCACAAUCCACCUACGACAACGACUGUCACAAAAUUCUAG